CUUGCCUUCCUGCACUCCAGGAAGAUUCACUGUACGUCAGAGUCAGGAGUCGUCUUCACCUUUCCAAUUGAGGCGUUCUUGUUAAACUAUCGUAGCCUCUUGGCCUACAAGCGCAUCUCUUACUUAGCUUUUCUCAGCAGGUUUUUUGAUUCUGUACCAAGCGCAGCACAGCGCAGCCGCAAGCGAGCACCAGCUCCCUUAUUGCCGCUUUCUCCUGCAACUCGUAAGCAUUCUCAGUUGGUUUUGCAUUGGCAAUAGAUUUGGCAGAGCUCAGGGUGUGGGGCGUACGAAGUCAGCCACUGCUUGCUGCUACUAGCCGCUUCUUGUUGGAUUCUGUUGUGCUGCCGCCCCGCUGCCGCCCUCUUCACUGCAUGGUUUUGGUUACCCUGCCGUCGAGUGUUUAGAGGGCUAGCUGAGUGGUGCAAAUAGAGGAGCCUCGGGGGAAGAGCAGAGGGCGCACUGUAGAGCUGGAGGGAAUCCUGCGUUUGAUGGCUGCUAGAAAAGGAAAGGGAAUUAACAUUUGCGAGCCUGGGCACUGACAGGUGUUGGUGCAGGUGUUGAAAAUCCGAAUUAGUUCCUGAUUCCAGAAUCUUCCAAGAGUGAGCACUGUCCCCGCGUCUCAGCAAAGCAGCAGACUUGGCAACCAUGCCGAAGGUGCGAACGUCCAAGCUCAAGUACCCCGAUGGCUGGGAGCUCAUCGAACCGACGAUGCAGGAGUUGGAACAGAAGAUGCGGGAAGCGGAGCUGGAGACGCACGAGGGCAAGCGCAAGUGCGAGGCCCUGUGGCCCAUCUUUAAGCUGACGCAUCAGAAGAGCAAGUUCAUCUACGACCUCUUUUACAAGCGGAAGGAGAUCUCGCGGGACCUGUACGAGUUCUGCCUCGCACAGGGGUAUGCUGACAAGGCGCUCAUAGCCAAGUGGAAAAAGUCGGGAUACGAGCGGCUAUGCUGUCUACGGUGCAUACAACCGAAGGACACCAACUUCGGAACCACGUGCAUCUGUCGAGUCCCCAACAAGUCGCGGGAGGAGAAAGUGAUCGAGUGCACCCAUUGCGGUUGCCGGGGAUGCGCGAGCGGGGACCACUAGUGCGUCCCCUUGCGCGGUACCUUGUCAGAGCGUCCAAAGAAUGAGGCCAGCGACCAUCUUCUGAUGAGUCGCUUCAAUUCCAGAUCUGCCGAGAUCCUUGCUGAGAUCCCCUAAGUCGUCAUCGCUUACGGAUCCAGGGAAACGUAUAGCGACCAAACGGCGGCUCUCUGGUAUAGUUUCAGCCGAUUCGGUCGUUCUCGUACGCAUGCACGCAAGCUGCGUAUAGCUCCUGGUCUUAGUCUAAGUCUUUGAUUGUCCUCUGUUGGUGACCGUAGGUAAUCAUCAGCGUCACAACUAACGACCUGAGGUGUUAGAAUUGCCGGUUGUUUAUUGCCUGAAACGAGCCCUUGGAGCUGACAUGCGUUGUUGGCGGGCAGGCUGGACUUGCCCACCUCAGUGCAAGUGGUAAUAUUUCUCAUGCCUGUGGGCAAGCUACGUACGGCAGUCGAGCUCGAUCAGCAGAUAUGGUCACACGCUUAAACACUCUGUGACUUUAGAACGCUGCACCAAAUGCAUGCUGCAUGAGCAUCCGAUAGUUACAGCAAUAUUGCGC